AUGGCCAGAAGACUCAUCCUGCAUGGCUGCCCGCUGAUUCUCAUCUUUUUCAAUCUUCUCACCAAUGCUUGGCCCAUGCUCCAUCACAAACCACCCAGGAUAACUCACAGCAUCCCCCUGAGCAAUGCUGAGCUGGAAGAGCUCUUGGGCUUCCAAGUCAAUGAUCUGCCAAACUUUCUCGAGUCCGAGGAGUUUCCGGCGGGGAAGGCAGUAGAAGAACUCCCGGCCAUCAUCAACCACCCCUCCGCAUCACCAGCUUCACUAGAGCAUCCUCCUGCCAGUUUUCACCAGGAUGGCUCCAGCACCCACAUUCCUAUGACCCCCUCAGAGAGCCACAUCGAAGCUAUCCAUGCCUUCUACCAUCAUCACCCCAACACUUACAACCCCAUCAGCACAAUCCAAGAUUCAAAUCAUAGUCACAGCUGGGCUCAGCAUCCAGGGUACAUCAAUCCAGCUUUUUAUGGAUCUGAUGAUCUUCCAGCUGGGCUGGAAACAACAGCAGCAGAAGAAGAACUGCCCAUCAACAACUUCAUCCCAGCCGUGCCAUCACCACACUCAGGAGCCUCAGACCAAACUCCUUCCAGCUAUAAUUACCAGGAUUGGUAUGCUCACACCAGCACUCACAUUCCCAUCACACCCUCAGCAAGUAAAGCUAUCAAUGCUUUCUACCAUCAUGAACCCAACACUUACAACUCCAUUGACACAAUUGAAGAUUUGAAUCAUAUUCAAAGCUUGGCUCAGCAUCCAGGGUACAUCAAUCCAGCUUUUUAUGGAUCUGAUGAUCUUCCAGCUGGGCUGGCAGCAGCAACAGAAGAAAAACUGCCCAUCAACAACUUCAUCCCUGCCUUGACAUCACCAACAUCAGGCAAUGCACAUCAUACUCCUUCCAUUUUCUACCAGGAUUGGGAUACUCACAUCCCUGUUACACCCCCAGGAAUCCAGAUGGAAGCUGUCAAUGGUUUCUACCAUGAUCACCCCAACACUUAUGGCUCCAUUGACACAAUUGAAGAUUUGAAUCACAAUCAACCUGAAAGUGUGGCUCCUAUCAAUGGUUUGUACCAUGAUGACCCCAACACUUGCAACACAAUUAACACAAUUGAAGUUUUGGAUCAUAAUCAACCUGAAAAUUUGGCUCAGUAUGCAGGGUACAGUCAUCCAAGUAACCAUAUAUCUCACUCACCCUUGCAGGAUGCACCUCAAGCUAGUAGAUUUAUUUACACAAUUGAACACUGUGAUCAAAACCAGUCUGGCAGUUUGGCUCAGCAUCCCGAGUACAGCCAUAAAAAUAUACCUUUGCAGGUUGCACCCCAAGGCCAUUACCCUGUCAGGUUAUCUGACUAUGAACGUCAAUUGGACAUACAAUAUGCUUCAAAUAUGUUACAUCCAGAGUCAUUUAAGAAUGGACUGCUUUCAAAACAGGCCAUUUACCAACCUGAAUACUCACCAAGUAAGUAA